CGGUGGCCAAAAAGAGAAAAGCGGUUGAAAGCAAAAGUUACGAUUUUCGAAAGUAAGAAGAAAAAAAUAAAAAUACUGGGUGUUUGUGUGUUUGCGUUCGUAUCACUGAUAUGUGCUUGAAAUUAUAAUUAAAAAAAUACAUUAUCGCCAUUUGAGAAGAAUUUUUAUCGAAACAAAAAAGUAUUUGAGCCAAAUUUAAUUUCAAUUUAUAAAGAAUAUAAUAGAAUUAUAAAAUAAUAUGAUUUCCCUAAAAUAUCACUUGAUGCGUGUUGCCAGGUCGUCGAAACCAGCAGCAAAUGCAGUUGCAACAAGUUUUCACAUAUCUCGCAACAAUUCUACUGCAACCGCAGUCGAAAGUUGCCCACAUUUAGCAGCCAGCACAGAUGCAACAACAUCUUCCAUACACGCUACAGCAGAGUGGCAAAAUGCUUUACCAUACGAUGAAAUACCUGGACCAAAGCCUAUACCAAUACUUGGCAAUACAUGGAGGCUUAUGCCCAUAAUUGGUCAAUACACAAUAUCAGAUGUUGCAAAAAUUUCCUCACUUUUACACGAACGCUACGGUCGCAUUGUGCGUUUUGGAGGUUUAAUGGGUCGUCCGGAUUUGCUGUUUAUUUACGAUGCUGAUGAAAUUGAAAAGUGCUAUCGCAAUGAAGGUCCUACACCCUUUCGACCAUCUAUGCCUAGUCUAGUCAAAUACAAAAGUGUUGUACGGAAGGAUUUUUUCGGUGAUCUUGGUGGUGUAGUCGGAGUCCAUGGCGAACCUUGGCGUGAAUUUCGUUCACGUGUACAAAAACCGGUACUACAAUUAUCAACAGUCAGACGCUAUUUGCAGCCAUUAGAAAUUGUCACUAAUGACUUUUUAAAACGCUGUGAGUCAUUACUAGAUGACAACUCUGAAUUGCCAGAAGAUUUUGAUAAUGAAAUACACAAGUGGUCCUUGGAAUGCAUUGGAAGAGUUGCUUUGGAUGCACGUUUAGGUUGCCUUGAACCAAAUUUAACACCCGACUCGGAACCACAACAAAUUAUAAAUGCUGCAAAAUAUGCUUUACGAAAUGUAGCUACUUUGGAAUUGAAAGCACCUUACUGGCGCUAUUUUCCAACACCUUUGUGGACUCGUUAUGUUAAGAAUAUGAACUUUUUUGUGGAAGUUUGUAUGAAAUACAUCAAAUCAGCUACAGAGCGUCUUAAAUUGCAAGGUCGUAGCCAAAACGGUGAACCGUCUUUAUUAGAGAAAGUUAUAAUGGCCGAAAAGGAUGAAAAAAUAGCAACAAUAAUGGCACUCGAUUUAAUAUUAGUUGGCAUAGAUACGAUAUCAAUGGCAGUUUGUUCAAUGCUGUACCAAUUAGCUACACGUCCAGAAGAGCAGCAAAAAGUACAUGAAGAACUGAAACGUAUUUUACCCGAUCCACAAACACCACUGACAAUACAAUUGCUCGAUCAAAUGCAUUAUUUAAAAGCUUUUAUCAAAGAAGUAUUUCGUAUGUAUAGUACUGUCAUAGGUAAUGGACGAACAUUGCAAGAAGACACUGUAAUCUGUGGUUAUCAGGUGCCAAAAGGUGUGCAAGCUGUUUUUCCAACAAUUGUCACAGGCAAUAUGAAUGAAUACGUAACUGAAGCUGCAAAAUUUUUACCAGAACGUUGGCUCAAAGCUAAUCAAGGAGGUUUUGAUGGCAAACUUCAUCCAUUUUCAUCGCUACCUUAUGGUUAUGGUGCACGAAUGUGUUUAGGACGUCGUUUUGCCGAUCUAGAAAUGCAAAUUUUAUUAGCUAAGCUACUGCGGAACUACAAACUGGAAUACAAUCACGAACCUUUACAAUAUGCUGUCACAUUCAUGUAUGCACCCGAGGGACCAUUACGAUUUAAAAUGACAAAAAUUUAAUAAUUUUUUCACAAUAAAAAU